AUGUGGGCGGGUAAAUCUGGGGCAUGCAACCACUCUCUAGCUGUCCUGAAGCUACUGACUCUGCUACGAGCGAACAAGUAUGAUGAGGCUCCACCUGCAGUGGCCUGCACAGAGUUGCCUCAACAGUGGCGGUGUCCAAGGGGAGAAGCGGUCGCCUCCACGAGCCUGCAGUUAGUGGACUGGAGGAGCGUUCGGGAAGAGGGGCUCGAAACACCCAUCACGUCAAGGCUGUAUGACGCUCAAAGGAACAUCGUAGAUGUCAACGACAGAGUGGCGUUGACCCGGCAGCUCGGAGAUUACCUUUUCUCGACCCAAGGUUCGCCCUUUGCUAAGCGCCUCCGAGCAGCUACCACAGAGACAGUCAAGACAAAGUUUGGACUGGCUCCCCAUGGCAGUCCCUUAGCAUACCAACAGUCAGUUGUGCCAUUCGGCUAUGAGACUUUCUCCAGCCCGGAACUGGCUCACGUGCAAGGAAGGAGUGCCGCACUACCUUCUUGUCCUGCCUUCUUCGAGGCCUGCACAGGCUGGGACAUGUCCGGGCUCAACUUUCCUGUGGAACAGGACCUGCUCCUUAAGUCUCUGCUGGUGACUCCCACGGAGGCCACAAUUCUGGAAAGGAACACCCGACAGCAGGCCAAGAGUCCACUGUGGAAGGCAGCCCGGCGGACCCGACUCACUGCCUCAUGCUUUGGGCAAGCUGUCGAACGAGAGAGCUGGACCCUGAAAGGACUCAACAAUUUGACUUCAAGCAAGGACCUCUCUCGUGUCCGUGCAGUCAGGCACGGCAUCAAGUAUGAGCCCGUCGCUGUCCAGCGCUAUGAGAGUUGCUUGCGUGCCCUGGGACACGAUGUGCAGACCUUCCCCUGUGGCAUCCUUGUCCAGCCGGAAUGCCCAUGGCUUGGUGCAUCGCCAGACAGGGUUGUCUGGGACCCAACCGAAACAACUCCUCAUGGAGUUGUAGAGGUAAAGUGUCCGUACACCCUGAAGGACGGAGGCCUCAACGCAGCUAGCAACUUUUACAUGACGAAGGAUGCUGCAGGUGUCUACAGGCUGAAUAGGGACCACAAGCAUUACCAUCAGAUACUCGGACAGAUGGCACUGUCCGGGCUGCAGUGGGGGGACUUUGUAGUGUACUCUCACAAGUUUUUGAUCGUAGAAAGGAUUUACUUCUCCGAGGAUGAGUGGUUGGCGUGCAAAGCGGCACUGGAUGACUUAUUUUUCAGUGCUACUUCCGUACUGGUGCAGAAGUAG